GAGUCCCGCAGCUCCCAGUUCCUGAGAGAAGAACCCUGAGGAGCAGCCUGUCCCCAGCGGGCCCUGACACCUCCACCCGGACAUGCUGCUGCUGCCGCUGCUGGCCCUGCUCUGGGGGAGGGUGGGGGGGCAGCAACAGAGACGGCCCUGGGCGGGUUAUAGCCUGAAAGUGCCGGAGGUGGUGACGGUGCAGGAGGGCCUGUGUGUCCAUGUGCCCUGCUCCUUCUCCUACCCCUCAGAAGGCUGGAAAGAGUCUGGCCCUAUUUAUGGCUACUGGUUCCGGGACGGGGCCAAUACAAACCACGAUGCUCCAGUGGCCACAAACAACAGAACUCGACAAGUGCAGGAGGAGACCCGGGGCAGAUUCAACCUCCCUGGGGUCCCCAUGAGGAACUGCUCCCUGAGUAUCAGCAAUGCCACGCGGAGUGACCGUGGAUUCUACUUUUUUCGGGUGGAGAAAGGACAGAGCAUAAAAUGGAACUAUGUACGCAAUAAGCUCUCUGUGCGUGUGACGGCCCUGACCCCCAACAUCCUCCUACUGGGGACCCUGGAGUACGGCCACCCCAGGAACCUGACCUGUUCUGUGCCCUGGACCUGUGAGAAGGGAUUGCCCCCCAAGAUCUCCUGGGCUGGGCCCGCUGUGGUCCCCCAGGGUCCCAGCACCGGCCACUUCUCAGUGCUCACCCUCAUCCCACAGCUCCAGCACCAUGGCACCAACCUCACCUGCCAGGUCACCUUGCCUGGGACUGGUGUGACCGGGAUGAGGACCAUCCAUCUCAAUGUGUCCUACUCUCCUCAGAACUUGACUGUGACUGUCCUCCUAGGAAACAGCACAGUACCCAUGGCCCUGGGGAAUGGCUCAUCUCUGACAGUCCUAGAGGGCCAACGUCUGCGCCUGGCCUGUGCUGCUGAUGGCAACCCCACUGCCAGCCUGAGCUGGACCUGGGGGAGCCUGACCCUGUGCCCAUCACAGUCCUCAAGUCCUGGGGUGUUGGAGCUGCCCCAAGUGCACCUCAAGAAUGAGGGAGAAUUCACUUGCCGAGCGCAGAACCUUCUGGGCUCCCAGCACAUGUCCCUGAGCCUCUUCCUGCAGAGUCAGCACACAGAGAAAGCACAGCCUGUGUCUGGAGUGUCAAUGGGGGCGGUCUGGGGAGCCGGAGCCACGGCCCUGGUCUUCCUGCUCUUCUGCGUCAUCUUCAUCGUGGUGAGGAAAGUGGCAAAGUCAGCAGAGGGCGCUGGGGAGAAACGCGCAGAGGAUGCAAACGCUGCGGUGGGCUCAGGCUCUCAGGGCCUUGUGAUUGAAUCCCAGAUGUGCAACAACCCUCCAGAGCAGCCUUCCCCAGCUGUGGCCACCUCCUCCUCAGGGCAGGAACAAGAGCUUCAUUAUGCAUCCCUCGACUUCCAGAAGAUGAAGCCUCAGGACCUGCAGAGACAGAAGACCAUGGUCACUGAGUACUCAGAGAUCAAGAUCCACAAGUGA